GGUUAGUUGAACCGUCCUACCCGGUGGGCUCAGCAAGUUGCUGUAGAAUUUGAUCUUUUCCAUGUUCGAUCAGUUGCGUACGAGUCUCGAAACGGUGGGUAAGGUAACUGACGCUUGUUGCACUGAUUCCAGACUUUGUUAUACUACCUACUAAAAUCAAAGUGCUUCGUCAUAGUGACGAUAAUUAUUCAAUCAAUUUAAAUAGCAAAUGAUAGUCAUUUGAUGGUCAUAUCUGUUGAAGUUUUUCUUUUAUUCCAGAAAAAUUUCCUCAAAAUGUCGAAGCCCAUCUUGUAUUACGACGAUGUUAGUCCGCCCGUUAGAAGCGUUCUCCUGACAGUGGCUGCAUUGGACAUCAAGGAUAAAGUGGAUUUAAACUGGAUUGAACUGUUCGCUGGAGCUCACCUACAGAAAGAGUUUAGAGAAAUAAACCCCUUGCACACCGUGCCAGUUCUGGUACACGAUGAUCUAGUCAUUACGGACAGUCACGCAAUUUUAAUGUACCUGUGUGAUGUUUACGGCAGGGACAGUAAGUUUUCGCUGGAAGAUCCCCGAAGGCGGGCCAGCGUAAUGAAUCGUCUGUGCUUCAAUAAUUCCGUACUUUUCAGGAGAGAUUCAGAAAUUAUGCGUAAAAUUUUCCAUGGUGAAAUAACGGACGUUUCAGGUCACCUGGACCCUAUCAGAGAGGCUCUCGAUUACUUGGAAGUAUACUUGGGGAAAACCAAAUUCAUCGCAUGUGACGAACUCACGGUUGCAGAUCUUUCAAACAUUGCCACACUGAGCACGCUUGAGAUUAUUUGUCCCCUUGCGGGUGGACGUUGGCCAAAAGUGGAGGCGUGGAGCGGUUCAUUGAAACAGUUGCCUUACUAUCAUGAGGCAAAUCAAGUGGGAUUGAAUAAAUUAAGAGAAAAACUAGUUACGCUAUUGAAGUUAUAGUGCAACCACUGUAGAAUACCAUGUUCAGAAAACUUGUAAUAUUUCAUGUUUCAAAUAUAGGAAUGUUUCAAAUAUAGGAAAAUAAUGUAAUUUGAUGCAAUAAAGAAGGAAAAU